AUGAACAGGAGCUCCGUUCUGGCCGCAAUCGCCGGAAUGUGCGGAUCGAUUGGAGCAGUCUCGGGGAAGUUGGCAUUCGAUUCAGAAGUGGACCAUUACGCAGUUAGAACUGAAACCCCUUUCAAGAAAGAGAAAAGAAUUCAGAAGGUGUCGUGUGUGCUCGUUUUUCUCGUUUCGAACAUCGUCAUGUGGGCCACGUACACCCGUUCGCUGGCGCUUUCGGACUGCACGAGCACUCCGAUGCUUAUCAAUAUGGCCUGCAACUUCGCGUUGACCGUCAGUUUUCCUCCCAAAGUCGUUUCCCGAAUGUGCUCGUUUGCAGGGCGUUCUCGGCAGUCUUCUUUUCUCCGAAUCCCAUUCCAUCUACUGGUGGAUUUCCCUUUCCGCGCUCAUCCUCGGACUCACUCUGAUGCUCAGUCCUUCCCGAAAAGACGACAAACACAACUAG